AUGACAAUCACGCUCGAUAGACCGCCUAACGUCGAUUUGCGCCCGCAGAGAGCGCCGACUCGCGAUCCAGGAGCUGCGAUCAUGGAGAUGGUGCCAAUGGACGACAACCCAAGAACACUCCCCCAGUACUCAGGUCCGGCUCCCCCUCCCAUGCAUCGCAUACCGCCACCGGACACUCCGCAUGGCCUGCCAGCGGCCCCCGGUUUGUACGAUCAGUCAUGGCGGCAAUAUCCGCCUCCAUACGAGGGCCACCCUUCGGAGCCGCGACGCACUUCCAAUGGGCCCCCUCAGCCUCCCCUGGGAUCGCAUAAUUAUCCGCCCAUGCAUAGCAGAGAACUGCCGCAGAUUUCUCCUGAUGGACCAUACGCUCGACCCGCCAGUCUGCCGACGCCGGCACAUGCCCCUGUAGAGCCGCCUCAGCCGCCUGCAAAUUAUCAUCCCAUGAACGGGGUUCCGCACGAGUCGCCGCCUCUAUCUGCGCCUCCUGAUUUCACCAGGGCUCGAAUGUCCUUUCCGCCGCAAGAAGCACCUCUCCAUACCAAUGGUGAACCUCCGAUGCCUUCAAAUUCGUUACCACCGGCUCAGUAUCCCACUGCAGUGCCACCACCUUCGCACACACCGGGCCCUUACGAUUCCAGCUAUUACCAGAGCCAAUCAUUCAACAUGCGACACCGCAAGGCAACGCGAGCGCAGCAGGCCUGCGAUCAGUGCCGUUCACGGAAAGCCAAAUGUGAUGAGGGGCGGCCGUCGUGCAGCCAUUGUAAGGAGAAUAACUUGACCUGCAUCUAUAAAGAAGUGCCCCCUCACAAGCAAGAAAAGUCCACGCAGCUUGUGUUGGAUCGAAUACAACAGUCGGACGAUGCAAUCGAUUCGAGGAUCAGCCACCUGGAGAAGCUUCAUGUGGAUAGUAACACUCUACUCACCCAGAUUCUCACCUCUAUCAAUCACGGUAAACAACCAGCACAGCAGUUACAACUUACCAAUACCCCGUUGAAGUCGUAUCCCGCAGAGUCUUCCACCAAGACAGAGCCGAAGGAGCAGACAAUGGUCAGAGAGCGCAACCCUCCACCCGCCCGCGACUAUGUAAACAAUCUUAUCCAAGAACCGGACGGCGCCGAGGAUGGGGGUCUCACCAUUCCAGUCGAGCAUACGACCGCCGCACACAAACUGCUCUGCUGGCCUUCGAUCAGCAAGCUUCUCCGACCCCAUCAUUAUGACGACGAUUAUGUAAUGAAACUCGAAGAGACCCGAACCUUUAUGUUGAUUCACGGUCGUGGCGAUGAGGAACUGGAUGCAGAAGAGUUGUCUUCGUCUCAACAAACCAGCUUCAACACCAGCUUGAUCGAAAACUAUCCGGACACCAGCUCUCCCAACGGUACUUGGAACCCCAACGUUAAAUAUAAUGAGACGCCACCGGAAAUUAAGAGUAUAGACGAGGCUGGUGUGGUGUACCUCGACCCUGUUACCGUCCGCCGGUACGUGGAGAGUUACUUGGAGCAUUUGCACAAACUCCAUCCAUUCUUGAGUCAGUCAGACCUCGUACGCCGAACCGAGCGAUUCAUUGAGUUACACUGCCCACAGCCCUCUCAGCCAGGGCAUGUUGCCAAUCACAGUGUCCCAAGGGGAGCCAAACGCAAGCGAUCGGGUGAGACCCUGCAAACGUCGCCGCCAAAUGGACAGCCAGCUAGCACCAUGCCCGUGGAAGCCACACUUCCGAAUGCUGUAGUCCUGCUUGUUCUUGCCCUGGGACGGAUAUGCGAAGUCCGCGACAAGCCCAUCCGCGGACCCUGCACUGACCGUAUCAUUGACUACCGAAACGAACCGAUACCCAGGGCAGCAACACUACCAGCUGUGUCCCCAGCUGACCAGGAAUCCCUGCCAGUAAAUCAGAGCUUCUACUCCCCGUACCAGAACCACUCAGCAACAUCUCCUAGCAUGCCCUCACCGGAUGACAAGUAUAUCACUCUUCCCGAUCCUCCGCAUCUUGAGAAUGUUGAUACUGUUCCCGGCCUGGCGCUGUAUGCGUUUGCGGCGAGGAUUCUGGCAACAAGUGGCACCACUAGUCUUGCAUUUGCGCAAGCGGCUCUAUUGGCGGGACUAUAUACAGGCCAACUGGCCCAUCCAUUUAAGAGCCACGAUUGGAUUUCCCAGGCAGCAAGAGCUUGCCUGGUACUUACACGCCCGCGACGAUAUGUCAACUUACCGAGUAGUCGUUGGAAGGAUUUGGUGAAUUUCACGUACUGGACCUGCCUGCAACUGGAGAGUGAUAUUCUCGCCGAGCUUGAUCUUCCUGCAAGUGGGGUCUCUCGCUCCGAGAGCCGGAUCGACGCUCCCAAUGGCACAUUCACAAUUUCGUUGCCAAACGACAUAUCUGCCCCCAACACGAUGAUGAUGUUCUUCUAUCACGCUCAGAUUCACCUUCGAAAGAUUCUCAAUCGUAUUCACACGGACUUGUACAAGGUUGAGAAACGAGGACAGACUCGGUGGUCAAUCAAUAUACAAGAAGUCCUAAACAUGAACCUCUCCCUCUGGAGGUCCAGUCUCCCCAACGAAAUGCGUUGGCACGACAAGGAUCUCCCAUCAACAGACAUCAACGUUGCCAGAAUGAGGGCAAAAUACUACGGAGCCCGGUACAUCAUCCAUCGGCCGCUUCUCUACCAUGCUCUUCAUUAUAUGGGCCCCAAAACUAGUGACUCUCCAGCCGUAUUGGGCGCGCCCUCAACAUCACCCUACGAUCAGCCUGCGGUUGACAUGACCCGGAUCUCAAGCGACCUGGGUGGUGGCCCGCGACUCGACCAGAAGCGGGUCCAAACCUAUCGUGAGCUGCCGCAGAAGUUCCGGCACUCGUGCAAGACGUGCGUGGAUGCGGCUAUUGCGAGUACAGAGGCCUUUGACAGGGUCCAGGGGCGUCCCGUGGUGACCAAUAUUUUUGGCACUGCUCAUGCGCAAUUUGGGAAUAUGCUCGUGCUGUCUACAACGUACAUGUCACCGCAUCUGUCUGAAUUGGUGGACCGCAACGUUCUCGACAGACUAUUCAAGAGAACGAUCGCAUUUUUACUGCGAAACCGAAACAUCUCACCGACUUUACGGGCCGAUGCAAAGAUUCUCACGGAUAUUUAUACGAAGAUCUUUCAUGAACCACCCGUCCUGCCCGGGGACUGA